AUGUCUAUAUCAAAAUAUUUCACACCGGUGUCAGAUGCAUCGGUCACAUUUGAUAAUUGUGACAUUAAAUUAGAUACUACUACAAUAUCUAAUGAAGAUGGCGCGGCUUCUAAUACCCAGAUUAAUGAUAUUACUUUUAGAGCUGAAGGUGGAGAAAUGGUUCUGGUAUUAGGGAAUCCUACUUCUGCCUUUUUCAAGACUUUAUUCCAUGGCCAUAAGGAUUUAAAUUAUUCUCCAGCUGGAUCUGCUAGGUUUAAGGAAAAUGAUUUCAAACAAUUCUCAAUUAAAUGUCCACAUCAAAUUGUUUAUAAUAAUGAACAAGAUAUUCAUUUCCCAUUUUUAACCGUUGAACAAACUAUUGAUUUUGCUUUAAGUUGUAAAUUUGAUUUACCAAAAUCUGAAAGAGAUUCCAUUAGAGACGAAUUGCUUAAAGAAUUUGGGUUAUCUCAUGUAUUAAAAACAAUUGUAGGUAACGAUUUCUUUAGAGGUGUCUCUGGUGGUGAACGUAAACGUAUCUCUAUCAUUGAAACAUUUAUUGCUAAUGGGUCCGUCUAUUUAUGGGAUAAUUCUACCAAAGGGUUAGAUUCUUCAACUGCCUUGGACUUCUUAUCUAUUUUACAAAAUAUGACUAGAGCAACUAAUUCUGUUAAUUUUGUUAAAAUCUCUCAAGCUUCCGAUAAAAUCGUUAAUAAAUUCGAUAAAAUCUUAAUGUUUACCGAUUCUUAUCAAGUCUUUUAUGGUACUUUAGAUGAAUGUAUGUCAUAUUUCUCUAAAGAUUUGGGAAUCCCAAAGAAUCCAAAUGAUUGUAUUAUUGAAUAUUUGACCUCAAUCUUGAAUUUCCAAUUUAAAAAUCAAAAUAAUCAUAUGACCACCAACUGGACUAUUACUGCUACCGACACUGCGGACAUUUCAGAUUCUUCUACCGAUUUGAAAGCCAAAACAAAUGUUGAAAUAACCGAUGUUUCAUCUCCAAGUACAAACAUUAGAAAUGAAUUCGAUUUACAUAGAUAUUGGAUUAGUUCUGCAAUUUAUGAAAACUUGAAGCGUAUAACUUCAUCUGUGUCAUCCAACGAAACUCAUUUGGGUAAUGUCAAUACAGAAGAUAUUACCACAGCUAGAAACAUCCCAUUAUCUAGACAAAUUAAACUGGUAACUAAGAGAGCCUUCCAAAGAAGUCUGGGUGAUAAAAUCUAUUUGUCCGCACAAUUAAUGUCUGUUAUUAUUCAAUCGUUAGUGAUCGGGUCUUUAUUCUACGAUAUUCCAUUAAAUACGAUCGGUUCUUACUCGAGAGGUUCGCUUACUUUCUUCUCUCUACUGUUCUUCACUUUCCUAUCCUUGGCAGAAAUGCCUGCUGCUUUCCAAAGACAACCUGUUAUUGGCAAACAAACUCAAUUACAUUUCUAUUACAGUUGGGUAGAAGUUCUGGCUACAACAACUUUUGAUUAUUGUUACAAAUUGUUACUGGUUAUCGUCUUUAGUAUUUUAUUAUAUUUCUUAGCCCAUUUACAAUUUAAUGCUGCAAGAUAUUUCAUCUUUUUAUUGUUCUUAUCCAUUUACAACUUUAGUAUGGUCUCUUUAUUCUCUUUAACUGCUUUGAUGACUCCAACUUUAUCCAUCGCUAAUCUUUUUGCCGGUAUUUUAUUAUUAGCUAUUGCAAUGUACGCUUCUUAUGUUAUUUAUUUGGCUAAUAUGCAUCCAUGGUUCGUAUGGAUUGCAUACAUAAAUCCUGCUAGAUAUGCAAUGGAGACUAUUCUUUCCAAUGAAUUAUUCAAUUUGAAAUUAGAUUGUAGAGACACUAUUAUCCCAAGAGGUGACACAUAUAAUAAUGUUUCCUUCUCCAACAAAGCUUGUGCUUGGAGAGGUGCCACUUUGGGUAAUGACUAUGUCAGAGGGAGAGAUUAUUUGGACCAAGGUUUAGAAUACGCUUACAAUCAUACAUGGAGAAAUUUUGGUAUCUUGAUUGCUUUCUUAGUGUUUUUCGUAGGUUGUACUCUAUUUGCUGCUCAAUAUAUUAAACCUUUAUACCAGGACGGUCACUGGAAGAAGGUGCUAACUAGAUAUUUCCCAUUCAUUGCAAGACAUGCUAAUGUUUUAAUCGACGAAACAGAUCCUGAUAAAGAAAUAAUUGCUGCUCGUGAUUUGUAUUAUGAUAACCCAUCUGAUUUUUCCACUGGACUUGGGAAGGAGACUAAUUCUUUCGACAUUAAAUCUGCCUCUGCAUCUGAAAGUGGUAUAUCUGAACGUGUCGAGACUCAAAGUCACAUUAUCUCCUGGAAAAAUAUUAACUACACAGUUGAAGGUGACAAACAAUUAAUUGAUAAUGUAUCUGGUUAUAUUUCGUCUGGUUUGACUGCCUUAAUGGGUGAAUCUGGUGCUGGUAAGACUACUCUAUUGAAUGUUUUGUCUCAAAGAACUGAAAGUGGUGUGGUGGAAGGUGAUAUUCUAAUUGAUGGUAAACCUUUAACUGAUAUAGAUUCGUUUAGAAGAAGUAUCGGUUUUGUUCAACAACAAGAUUUACAUUUGGAAAAAUUAACUGUUUAUGAAUCGUUAGAAAUUUCUUGUUUGCUAAGAGGUGACGGUGAUAAAACUUACAUCAAUACUAUAUCCGAUCUUUUGAAACUGCCAUUAAACAAAUUGGUUGCCACUUUAACUCCAACUCAAAAGAAAUUGCUAUCUAUUGGUGUUGAAUUAGUUACUAAACCUUCCCUACUGUUAUUCCUCGAUGAACCUACUUCUGGUCUAGACGCCGAAGCUGCUUUAACUAUUGUUCAAUUUUUAAAGAAAUUAUCUAUGCAAGGUCAAGCUAUUUUCUGUACUAUCCAUCAGCCUAGUAAGAGUGUUAUUAGUUACUUCGAUAAUAUCUUUUUGCUAAAGAGAGGCGGUGAAUGUGUAUACUUUGGUCCUACUGAACAAGCCUGUGAUUACUUCACACAUAAUGAUAGAUCACUAACUUACGACACUGAAAACGAAAACCCAGCUGAUUUCAUCAUCGAUGUUGUUGGUAGUAACGAUGGUAAUCUGAAUGAAGAGAAACAUGAUAUUAAAAUAGGACCAAGCAAAUGGUCGCAAACCUGGAAUCACUCGCCUGAAAGAACACAGGUCGAACAAAUGCAAAUAAAACUAGAAGAAGAAGCUGUCAUGUCUGGUGUAGAUUUUACGCAGAAUGUCUGGAAACAACCAAGCUAUAUGGAACAAUUGAUGGUUAUCUCAAAAAGACAAUACACUGUUACAGCUAGAGACAAGACUUACGUUGCUGCUAAAUACUUAUUAAAUGCUGGUGCUGGUCUAUUUAUUGGGUUUUCUUUCUGGAAUAUCAAACCAAACAUUAGUGGUCUACAAGAUACUAUUUUCUUCUGCUUCAUGGCCUUAUGUGUUUCUUCUCCAUUAAUCAACCAAGUCCAAGACAAAGCUCUUCAAAGUAAAGAAGUGUAUGUUGCUAGAGAAGCUAGGUCAAAUACAUUCCACUGGUCCAUUCUUUUGUUGGCUCAAUUGGUUAUUGAACUUCCUUUGGCUAUCACUAGUUCUAGUUUAUUCUAUGUUUGUGCAUUCUUCUGCUGUAAGUUCGAUAACUCUCCUCAUAUUGCUGGUGUUUGGUAUUUCAAUUAUAUCAUAUUUGCUGCCUAUUAUCUAACUUUUGGUUUAUGGCUAAUCUUUACUGCACCAAAUUUACAAACUGCUGCUGUUUUUGUUGCUUUCUUCUACAGUUUUACUGCAUCGUUUUGUGGUGUUAUGCAACCUUAUGGUAUGUUCCCUGGGUUCUGGAAGUUUAUGUACAGAGUCUCGCCAUAUACAUAUUUCAUUGAUACAUUUGUUAGUUUACUAUUGCAUGACAGAGAAGUUAUUUGUGAUAACAUGGAAUUAGUUCCAGGUCAACCUACGAUUGGUCAAACUUGUGGUCAAUUUAUGGAAGCAUAUAUUGAUGAAUUUGGCGGUUAUUUGAAGAACGCUAACACAAUGACUGUUUGUGGUUAUUGUACUUACUCAGUCGGUGAUGAUUUCUUAGAAGUCGAGGGUAUGAGUUAUAAUAAUAGAUGGAGAAACUUUGGUAUUGAGUGUGCUUUUGUUGCAUUUAAUAUUUUUGGUAUGUUUAUGGGCUAUUACCUGACAUAUCUAUCUAACUUUUGGCCCCUACUUUUCAAGUUCAUCAAGAAGGCCAUUCCUUCUAGAAAAAUGUUCCAAAAAAAAUAA